AUGAAUUGGAUUGUCCUGGCGCUGGCGGUGUCCGCCCAAGCGGUAGCCGCACAGCAGAUGAUCCGAUUCGGAUGCUCGCAGCUUGUCGUGGAGAGACUGGACCCCCUGGUGAACCCAGGCUCACUCGUAUCGCCGCAUGUGCACCAGAUCGUUGGGGGGAAUUCUUUCAAUGCCAGCAUGGACCCAGCAUCACACGACCUCGUGACGGACUCGACAUGCACGAGUUGCACGUUCUCGGAGGACUUUUCAAAUUACUGGACGGCUGUCCUGUACUUUCGAGCUCGUAAUGGGACAUUUAUGCGAGUUCCACAAUUCCCAAACGUCGGAAUUCGAGCCGUUGGCGGCAUCACUGUCUAUUACAUCCCUCCGUACGAUGGCACGACGAACGUCACGGCCUUUGCCCCGGGUUUUCGCAUGUUGGUAGGAGAUGCAGAGCGACGCACCGCAGAAGGCCAGCAGCGUCAGCUGUGCCAUCGCUGCUAUGUCAAGGAAGACUACACCGGCGGAGCAGGCGGUGGCGCACCAUGCACUGGAUCCGACACAACUUCACUUCCGCCGAAGCCUUGUGAUGGCGGUAUCAGGACCACCAUCACUUUUCCCACCUGCUGGGAUGGCAAGAAUCUGGACAGCCCGGAUCACAAGAGCCAUGUGGCCUAUCCCAGUUCGGGUACCUUCGAGUCUGUGGGCCCUUGCCCUGCGACCCAUCCUAUUCGGCUGCCUCAGCUGAUGUAUGAAGUCAUGUGGGAUACGCGGCCAUUCAACGACCCCGAAUUGUGGCCCGAGGAUGGUUCACAGCCAUUCCUAUGGAGCACGGAUGACAAAACCGGGUACUCACAGCAUGGUGACUAUGUCUUCGGCUGGAAGGGCGACAGUCUCCAGAGAGCACUUAACGCCCGCUGCAACAAUGCCGUGUGCAAGGAACUCAAGACACAGAGCUCCGAGGAGGCAAUGAGGUGCACACUACCGCAAACCUCUGUUGAAAACGUGGAUGGUUGGUUGGAUGCCAUUCCCGGAACGUGA